AUGCGCAUCGCCUUUUCCACCGCCGCCGCCGCCCUCGUCGCCUUCCUCCCGGCUCUCGCAGCUCCCACCGGCACCUCGCUCGCCGAGCGCGCCGUCGGCUGCAAGUCGACCUUCCAGUGCCGCACGCUGUACCGCCCGUCCAACAGCGUCGCGACGUGCAUCGACAACGCGUGCGGGUACGUGUGCCUCGACGGGUACUCGGCCACGCUCGGGCGCGUCGGGCAGUGCACCUUGAUCCCGACGAGCUCGUCGUCGACGGUCGCCUCGACGACGACGACGACGACGACGACAGCUGCUCCGAGCCCGACGGUGACGAUUACGCCGAACGCCAUGGUCGCUGCCGGCGUGACGGGCUUCCAGGGCAUGAACACGAACGCGAUCCUCUCGUGGUACAACACCAACUCGGGCCAGGACUCGACCAACGGCAACUCUUGGUGCGGCUACCCGUACACGAACGACGUCCCGGGCGUUGCACCGUCGCUCAAGACGAUGCUCAACAACUUUGGCGGCAACUACGAGGCGGCGGCGAGGGCGUACUGCGGCCUCGAGCUUGUCGUGACGACGCCCGACGGGCGCAACAAGACGAUGUACAUCGCCGACGCCUUUGACGACGCCUGGGUCCUCACGCCCUCCUCGCUCGACAUCAUCCACGGCUCGUUCACCGACCUGUUCGGGCGCCACACCGACAACAAGCUCGACGUCGUCAAGCGCGCGUCGUGGCAGUUUACCGGCAACCGCAACGAGCGGUACCGGUUCAAGGGCGCCGGCGCUCGCGGGCUUUGAGAAGGUGGGAGGGUGAGAGGGAGCGGCUCGUGCGCGCUCUCGAGGGCGCGCGAGGGACGGCGUGUGUGUGCGACGACGACGAGGACGCAUAGAGGUGGACGACGACGAGUGAGAGGCGGGCGCUGGUAGCCACGUCUCGCAGGGAACGAGCACUUUCACGAUCGCG